AUGGCUCCUACAGCGCUGGUCGAGCGGCCUGUUGAGGCGACUACGUUCUCUUACGAUAGGCCUUCGAAGGCUAUCUUUCCGGACGGCAUCAAGACCAGCGGACAGUGUCCUCCGAACUACGAUCUGAUACCACCUUAUUCGGAAUUCCCAAAGGAGAUCGCCGGACCUACCGUUUGGAAGGCAGAAGAUUACGAAGACCGCCCGGAGCGAUGGGUUCAUCGGUUAAGCGAGGAAGAAGUCCGAGAACUGGGCAAAGCGGCGGAUGAUUUCCUGGCGAGCGGAACGCCUUUGACGGGGAUUACGAAGGUGAGAUCGAACGACGGAAGCGACGCUUACCAGCUCGGGAUGCUGAUGCAUUGCGAUGUAGGACAAAUUCCCCCUCCCGAAUAUGGAUUCGUAUCUCACAGCGAUGAGGAACGAGAUUCUCAACGGCAAGGGCUUUAUCCUUUUCAAGGGCUUUCCCGUGCAGGAAUGGGGGAAUAAUAAGAGUGCUGUGGCGUAUAUGGGAUUGGGAACGUACCUUGGCUAUUUCGUUUCUCAGAAUGGCUUGGGUCAUGUGCUUGGCCAUGUAAAAGUAUGCAACGCUUUUAGCGAUACUGCACAUGCCACUCCCCAGACUGACCUCUCUUCCUUUUUACAGGACACAGGCGCCGACCCCACCCAAAUCGACAAAGUCCGAAUCUACCGCACCACAGCCCGCCAAUUCUUCCACUCCGACGACUGCGACAUCGUCGGCCUCCUCUGCAUCGCCAAGUCCCUCGAAGGCGGCGAAUCCGACAUCGUCUCUUCCCAUCACGUCUUCAACACCCUCCAACGCGAACACCCGGACGUGGCAGAGACCCUCACCCAACCCAUCUGGUACUUCGACCGCAAAGGAGAAGUCUCCGCCGGCCAGGAACCCUACACCCGGCAACCCGUCUUCUACAGGGAAACCUCCGGCGGCGCCAACCCCCGCAUCUACUGCAAGUGGGAUCCCUACUACAUCAAAUCGCUCUCGCGCUUCAGCGACGCCGGUCUCAUCCCGCCUUUAUCCCCCGCGCAGCAAAAAGCCGCCCAGGUCCUCGAAGACACGUGCAUGCGCCUGUCGCUGCACAUGGUGCUGGAUAUCGGGGAUAUCCAAUUCCUGCACAAUGGCCAUAUCCUGCACUCGCGGACGGCGUAUAAGGAUUUCCCGCCGCCGGCGCCGCGGAGGCAUCUGAUGCGGUUGUGGCUGGCGACGCCGGAGACGGAAGGCGGUUGGAGCUUGCCGUUUGCGGAUUCGGGGCAUAAGAAGAGGGGUGGCGUGCAGGUGGACGAUACGGCUCCCAGGGCGCCUAUUGAUGCAGAGUAA